UGCCACUUUGUCCCAGUCAGACAAGCAUCACAUAAGUUGACUGCACUUUACGCAUGACACACUUUACUGAUAACAGACCCGCUAAUAAACAAGUUGAGCCAAAACAACAUAUACCUGUUUGAAUUAGUUUACAAUGAACAGGUAUAUUAUUAUUAUUGGCCAUGUUGCAAGAAGUUAGUCUGAUGCUGACAAUGAUAAUUUCUCCUUUCAGCACUGUCGUCACAACACGUUGCUUAUGCGAAGCUAGACAGCCAGCAAAGUAAUCAAGAAAGCGCCAUACACAAGGCGUUAUUUUCUUCUUUUUAUGGAAGUCUCUUGUGCUGAUACAAAUCUCAGUUAUAGUAACUGAAACCAGAGAUGCGGGGAAUUGAGUCAAAUACUUGUCUCGAGUCAACUCGAGUUGCCAGAUUUACGACUUGCGACUUGCUUGCCAAAUACUUCAGAAAGACUUGACUUUGACUUGAACUACAUGACUUGACAAGUCAUCUCAUUUAGAGUUGGAAAUCUGCAUUUUAAUUGAAAGUAUGCCUUUUUUUUAAGAAAUAAACUUUUUUUGGGGGGGGGUCAUUUGCACCAACCUGGCAACCACAGUCUGCAUGAACAACGAUGGAAGGAGCUCCAAUGAUAAUACAAUGUGGAUUCCAAAUAUUAUGUUGUCAAUUAAGUUUGUAAAAAGAGGACGGCAACCUGCAUGGUUUGCAACUCGCCCAUUAAAGACACGACGACGACGUUGAACUUCAUCCGUCACUACAAAACUCACAAGGACAGGACCCAGAAGUGAACACAACAAGCGACCCGGAAGGUUUCAAGUCCGCCUGACUGCAAAUCGAGACGAAAAGAAAGACGAGUAGCGAUCGUUCCCGAAAAGAAAGAAAAGAAGAAUCCGCUCGGCCGUCUGCUCCAUCCUGCGCAGGCCAGGCAGUCAUCCAUCAGAAUGGCUGAACCUCGCUUUAACAGCCCCUAUUUUUGGCCCCCGCCACCUGCCAUGGCUGUCACUCAGGAGCAGCUGAUGGCGGAGAAGAUCCGGGCAUCCCAUCCAGCCCCUGUCACGCUCCCUUCCCAGCAGCCCUUGCUGUCUCCGGCCGGAGGCCAGCAUGUGGCGUCCAAAAUCCACCAGCCGGACGUCGUCCUGCACGCCAGCCCCGCCCGACCCACCUCCAGCUCACUCACGGGUCGCAUUCUCGGCGAUGUCAACUUGAACCUGGACGAAAAAGCGGCCAUCAAAGCCAGGGGAUUGUGGGAGGACUGGCGUCAGCUCAUCGAGCAUCCCGUUCGGGCGAACCACCUCUCAGGCGUUUCGCUGGCGUCUAGAACCGGAAACCUCAACAACUCUGAGCUAACGUCCCCGGCCACUCCGCCCUCGGGAGCCUCCACCCCUCACCUGCUCUCCAGCUUCACCAACCCCCAUGGGAUGGAGCCCGGAAGAACCAACGGAGGUCUCAUGGGUCUACUCGGGGUGUCCAAGCCCCCGAAGGACGGACGUCGGAAAAUCAAAGCGGAAAACGGCUCCUCGCUCUUGGUGGUGCCGUACCCAAUCCUGGCGUCCAGCAAUGACCAGUCCCCGAUCAGCAUCACUGCCAAAGAGAAAACCUACAGGUGUAAAGUGUGCCCGCUGACCUUCUUCUCCAAGUCGGACAUGCAGAUCCACUCCAAGAUACACACGGAGGCCAAGGCGUACAAGUGCCCUCAUUGCACCAAGACGUUCGCCAACGCUCCGUACCUGGCGCAGCACCUGCGCAUCCACCUGGGGCUCAAGCCGUACCGCUGCGCCUACUGCGAGAAGUGCUUUCGACAGCUCUCACACCUGCAGCAGCACACCAGAAUCCACACGGGCGAUCGUCCGUAUAAAUGCUUCCAACCCGGAUGCGAGAAAGCCUUCACUCAGUUGUCUAAUCUGCAGUCGCACCAGAGGCACCACAACAAAGACAAGGCGUUCAAGUGUUCCAACUGCUUCCGGGCGUACUCUGACGCGGCGUCGCUGCAGAUGCACCUUUCCGCCCACGCCAUCAAGAUGGCUCGGGCCUACUGCUGCAGCACGUGCGACAGGGCGUACACGUCGGAGACCUACCUCAUGAAGCACAUGUGCAAGCACGCGGCGGCGCAGCACGCGGGGCCUCGGAGGAGCGACGCCCCCCACCACCACCCCCGGACCGAUGCCUCGGACCUGAGCGCAGCCGCCAUUUUGUCCCGACAUCAUCUCUCUCUCUCCGUUUAGUAGGCAACGACCAUACGACUGAUGGACUCGGUAUGACCAAAAAAAAAACGAAAAACAAAAAAGUGCCAGAGUGUACUAAUAUCUUAUGAGGUACUACUUUCCUCUUUAUUAAUUUUAUAUAUAUAUAUAUAAAUAUAUAUAUAUUAUGUACAACCCCAAUUCCAAUGAAGUUGGGACAUUGUGUUAAACAUAAAUAAAAACAGUAUACAAUUAUUUGCAAAUCAUGUUCAACCUAUAUUUAAUUGAAUACACUGCAAAGACAAGGUAUUUAUUGUUCAAACUGAUAAACUUAAUUGUUUUUAGCAAAUAAUCAUUAACUUAGAAUUUUAUGGUUGCAACAUGUUCCAAAAAAGCUGGGAAAGGUGGCAAAAAAGACUGAGAAAGUUGAGGAAUGCUCAUCAAACACCUGUUUGGAACAUCCCACAGGUGAACAGGCUAAUUGGGAACAGGUGGGUGCCAUGAUUGGGUAUAAAAGGAGCUUCCCUGAAUUGCUCAGUCAUUCACAAGCAAAGAUGGGGGGAGGUUCACCUCUUUGUGAACAAGUGCGUGAGAAAAUAGUCGAACAGUUUAAGGACAAUGUUCCUCAACGUACAAUUUUAGUAUUCUGUUUUUAUUUAUGUUUAACACAAGGUCCCAACUUCAUUGGAAUUGGGGUUGUAUGUAUGUAUGUAUGCAGACACACAUACACACACACGCAUCUCGAUUAUGUCUAAUGAGCACUUUGAGGCCUGGAAAGGACAGACCUUUAACAUUUAUUGUGAUGUCACAGAUUGUUCUUUUUUUAUACGGUCCCUAACUUUUUUAAUGCUCGUUAAGGUAUCGUCUAUAUAUAGUACGCAUCUUACGUUUAUGUAAAUAUGAUGUACUGGGUUUUUGUAUCGUCUAUUUAUUCUUUUUGGCCACGUUCCCUCUGGAGAUCACUUAUGUUUUUGAUCAUGAAAACAUAAAACAAAACAAAAAAGUUCAAUCCAAAGGCCAACAUAUUAGGUGCACUCGCACAAUUUAAUAAGAUCCCCUAUAAGAGUUGUGUUAACAAAAUUUGCCUUUACAAAGACGAUAAUGACAAGUUUAACAAUCUGUUUAUUAUUGUGGUAGCCUUGUGAGUCCUAACACAAAAACAACCUAGGAUUGACUGUCAGCCUCUUUUUAAAGAAUAAAACAAUCAUAACGUCA